AUGCUCUCACCAAAGGAUCUGCAACUCAUUCGUUCCUUCGAAAAUGGGGAGUCCACUUCCUGUCCAUUCUCUACAGUCACUUCUGCAUUCUACCACCAUGCUUUCUCACAACCAGCCGCGAUCGCACUCCGCGACAUGUCCUCGCCCCAACCCAAGGAGUUAACGUACUAUGAUCUAGCUCGCCAAGCACAGAACUUGGCUCUUAAGCUGCGCCGUCUUGGCGUUGGCCCGGGACAAAGGGUGCCACUUCUGGUCAAGCGAGGCAUUGACAUGAUCAUUGGCAUAUGGGCUGUCCUGUCAUGUGGCGCCCAGUAUGUGCCACUUGAUGGCGGCGUUGUCCCGGACUCGACGAUCCGUGUGGUGACUGAACAAUCAGGAGGGAUCGUCAUCCUGUGUGUUAACUCAACCGAGCACCGCCUCCGAGAGUUGAGACGGCAACAGCCUCUCGUCCCCAUACUCAUCGACGAGCUGUGCCAGCACCGUGACAACUAUGAACCACAGGAAAAGCUGUUGGACCUCGCAACAGAUGACUUAGGUUGCUAUGUCAUCUAUACUUCCGGUACAACAGGCAAGCCGAAAGGAGUGGAUGUAACCCACAGGAAUGUGGCCAAUUUAGUGUGCCAGGCACCUGGAAACCUAUCUAUACGGCCGGGGAUUAUUGUCGGGAGCACCCUCAAUAUAAGUUUUGACAUGGCUGCAUGGGAGAUCUUUGCUUGUCUCUGCAAUGGAGGUACCCUUGUUAUGCGCGGUCCCCAAUGGGAGCCGACCUUACGACAGAUCAAUGUCCUUAUUUGCACGCCCACCAUUUUGUCUCGAUACCACCCAGAGGCGUACCCGCAAAUCAAAGUGGUUGCUACGGCUGGCGAGCCAUCUUCCCAACAACUUGCAGAUCUGUGGGCAGCACACACCACAUACUGGAACUGCUGUGGCCCAACAGAGACUACCAUCGUCAAUACCAUGUCCAAGCAUGUCGUUGGAGAGCCCCUUUCAAUCGGAAAGCCCACGCCAAAUAACACCGUUUAUAUUUUAGAUUCCCAGCUGAGACGAGUGGACAUUGGCUCCGCAGGUUCCAUGUGGGCAGGUGGUGAUGGUGUCUCGCGUGGAUAUGUCGGUCUUGAGUCUAAGACAAGAGAGAACUACAUCACCGAUGUCUAUUCCAAGGAUGGCUCCAAAAUGUACAAGACUGGUGAUCUUGGUUAUUGGAGACCAGAUGGUAAUAUUGAAAUCUUGGGUCGCGCCGAUGAUCAAGUCAAGGUCAAGGGAUUUCGAGUUGAACUCGAUGGCAUCUCAGCCACCUUGGCGUCAUUUCCGGGCGUUAUUCGUGCGACCGUUCUGAUUAUUGACGGGGAAAUCCACGGAUUCGUUUCCCCCGCUCACCACAAUAUUCCGGAUGUCUUGUCUCAUACAAAGAAGUCACAGCCUUAUUAUGCUGUACCACAGAAGAUCCAUGCGUUGGCUCAAUUGCCCCUGACUGCAAAUGGGAAGAUUGACAAGCGGGCGCUCCGGGUCAUAGCCACAACUCAAGUUACCAACUUGCAGCCCGUGCCACCACCCGCUGUUCGUGAAAAGAUAAACGUUGAUCUAGAGGCUGCCAUGGAAACCCGCUCACUGGCAUCCUUCACAACUUGUACAUCUUCGGCGACAUGUUAUACUCAAGACGAGAAGUGCGAUCUCAGCCGCGAGCUUCCAAACAAGAAGCAGGGCCGACUGAUCCAAGGUUUACGCCACAAGAUAUUCAUCAUAUACCGAACCCUUCUCAGCAUUGUUUGGUUCCUGAAUGUUGGGGUUUUGAUCGCUCUUGUUGUAGCACAAAGUGACUCUGAGUGGCUUGGCAUCAUGGCAGCCGCAAACUUGGUCACUUGUGUCAUGAUUCGACAAGACUUGGUUAUCAACCUCCUUUAUACCCUGACUUGCUCCAUACCCAAAAACGCCCCCCUUUGGAUACGAUCGCGGUGUGCUGAAAUUUACCACCUGGGUGGCAUACACUCAGGAGCUGGAAUAUGUGCUACUGUGUGGCUAUUUGUUUCCACUGUUCAGUACACCUUGGAUCACCUCACCGAAGGCGGGUCUCUGCGUGAGAUGAACCCUAACUCCUUGGCAGUCUUGGUCCUCUCGUGGAUGCUCUGCUUCCUUUGUCUGAUUUUGGUGGCCUUUGCCUGGCCCGCCUUCCGAAAGCUUUACCAUAACCAAUUUGAGCGUAUCCACAGAUUCGUAGGAUGGCUCACCUUGGUACUGUUUUGGAUCCGUACCGUACUGUAUAUUUACGGCAGAAGAGCUAACGAUAUUGGCCUCGCCUUUGUUCAAAAUCCCAUUUUCUGGAUGCUGAUCGUGGUAACCCUCUGCGUUGCCUCCUCCUGGCUCUACCUUCGGCGCGUGCCAGUUGAAUCGGAGGUCUUGUCCGACCAUGCUAUCCGCUUGCAUUUUUCUUAUACAACUCCCACUAACGGGACCUUUACUCGAAUUUCCCAGCGUCCUCUUCUCGAAUGGCAUUCCUUCGCAACGAUACCCAAACCAAAGCCCUCUGGAAAGGGCUACUCGCUCAUUGUUUCCAACGCUGGCGAUUGGACUCGCAACUGUAUAAAGAAUCCGCCCACAGAACUGUGGGUGCGUGGUAUGCCCACCUGUGGGGUGAUGCGCAUUACUACACUUUUUAACCGGGUUGUCUUGAUUGCAACCGGGUCAGGAAUUGGCCCGGUUCUAGGGCACAUCAACAACCCAACUUGUGCCUCGCAGCUGAUCUGGUCUACACCCCAUCCAGAAGCCAAGUUUGGCAAGGAAAUCAUUGGCAACAUCCGUCGCAGCAUCCCUGAUGCCGUCAUUCAUGACACCCGAAAACAAGGAAGACCAGACCUUGUCCGCAUGGGGUACAACAUGGCCCGAGGUUUCGGUGCUGAGGCUGUAAUUAUCAUUGCCAAUGAAAAGAUCACCAAGAAGGUGGUAUAUGGCCUACAGACUCGGGGCAUCCCGGCGUACGGAGCUAUCUGGGAUAGCUGA